UCUUUUCAAGCAUAGAUUUUCCCUUUGACGAUCUGAUUGAACUUGAUAUUUUGAAUUUUGUAUGAGUUUUUAUUUUCUUCUAUUUGGAUUUGAUUAGCUCCCUUUCUAACUGCCUACUAGUUGCUUGAAUCUAGUGAUGGAGUAGCUAAAAUUUGAUUAGAAGGAUCCAAGUAUGGGAAGCUAUAAGAUCUUGUUAGAAAAUAUUUUAUUUACUUACUUUGAUGCAAAGGAUAGUGUAUAUCUGUCUGGGGUCUACUUUUGCUCAAAAUGUCAGACGGUCAUGAAUCAGACAAGAAUAUUGAGAUAUGGAAAAUCAAAAAGCUGAUAAAGGCGCUGGAGUCAGCAAGGGGUAAUGGCACGAGUAUGAUAUCUCUUAUAAUGCCUCCUCGUGAUCAAAUAUCUCGGGUAACAAAGAUGUUGGGCGAUGAAUUUGGAACUGCUUCAAACAUUAAGAGUAGAGUCAACCGUCAGUCUGUCUUGGCUGCUAUUACAUCUGCUCAGCAAAGGCUGAAGCUUUAUAACAAGGUUCCUCCUAAUGGACUGGUGCUUUAUACUGGAACAGUCGUUACUGAAGAUGGCAAGGAAAAGAAGGUGACAAUUGAUUUUGAGCCUUUCAAGCCUAUAAAUGCAUCACUUUACCUUUGUGACAACAAGUUUCACACUGAAGCAUUGAAUGAACUCUUAGAAUCUGAUGACAAGUUUGGUUUUAUUGUCAUGGAUGGGAAUGGCACACUGUUUGGGACCUUAAGUGGCAACACAAGAGAAGUGCUUCAUAAAUUUACUGUUGAUUUACCAAAGAAGCAUGGAAGAGGAGGACAGUCUGCUCUGCGUUUUGCUCGUCUUCGGAUGGAAAAACGGCACAACUAUGUUAGGAAAACUGCUGAGCUUGCCACACAGUUCUUCAUCAAUCCUGCUACUAGUCAGCCGAAUGUUGCGGGGCUGAUACUGGCUGGUUCAGCAGACUUCAAGACUGAAUUGAGCCAGUCAGAUAUGUUUGAUCCUCGUUUGCAAGCAAAGAUAUUGAAUGUUGUUGAUGUUUCUUAUGGAGGAGAGAAUGGUUUCAACCAAGCGAUUGAGUUGUCAGCUGAAAUUCUAUCAAAUGUUAAGUUCAUUCAGGAAAAACGCUUGAUUGGGAAAUACUUUGAGGAGAUCAGUCAGGAUACUGGAAAAUAUGUUUUUGGUGUUGAUGACACAUUGAAGGCUCUUGAGAUGGGUGCUGUUGAAAUCCUUAUUGUAUGGGAAAAUCUUGAUAUUAAUCGAUUUGUGCUGAAAAACAGUGUUACAGGCGAAAUAAUUAUAAAGCACUUGAACAAGGAUCAAGAGGCUGAUCAGAGUAACUUCAGGGAUUCAGCCAACUCUGCAGAGUUGGAGGUUCAGGAAAAGAUGCCCUUGCUCGAGUGGUUUGCGAAUGAGUACAAGCGUUUUGGUUGCUCGCUUGAAUUUGUUACAAACAAAUCUCAAGAGGGAUCACAAUUUUGCAGAGGGUUUGGUGGAAUCGGAGGUAUUCUUCGCUACCAGCUUGACAUAAGAUCUUUUGACGAGUUGUCUGAUGAUGGGGAAAUUUACGAGGAUUCAGAUUAGAUAUCCAUACGGUGAUGUUUCACGACCACAUGGAAGCCCGUAGCAGUGUGAUGGAUCUUCGUUAUUGAUGUUGCCUGAGACUUACAAAUAAUUUUCUCAUUUUGCUGCUUCGAUAUUUAUCAUUUUGCUGCGUUUCAUUUGGAUAUUUAGAAUGUUCAUUGCUUCCCCAUUUUAUUUUCUUCUUUCUCCUUUAUGUUUUGCCCUCUCUUUCCCACUGAUUGAGACAUUGUACAAUAUUUCAAACUACGAUGUUUGUUAUUCUGUGCCAACGUGCACAAUAGAAGAGAGAAAUUGAAUCUGCUUGGGGAGUACAAAAAUUCGGUUUCCAGAA